GUUCCGGGUAAAAUGUAAUGAAUUUCCGCGCCAUUUUUGUGGAUGUUGAAAGCUUGGUUCAAGAAGAUGUACUAAAACAAACAGAAGCGUACAGUUUAGUUGAAUAUACAGCUAUAUAAUUGCACCGCGUUAUGCGUAAGAAAAUGUACAAGUAGUAUAACAUUUUAAACCCACCCAACGAGUUAGUUAUGUUGCUUCCAUCUGACAUUGCAAGGCUUGUUUUGGGAUAUCUGCAACAAGAGGGGCUACGUGCCGCAACGAAGGCAUUUAUUCUCGAGAGCCCGAAUUUGAAGGAGUAUGCGGAACACACCACAGACGAUGGCGCUAUUCCGGCUUGUGUCUUUUCGUUGUUUGGGAAAAACUUGACGACAAUUUUGAAUGAAUAUGUUGCUGUCAAAGCGAAGGAAUCAUGUCAGGAGACGCAAUUGCCAGCAAUGAUGACAUCCCUGUGGAAAAAGUUAGAUUUCACUCUGAAUCAAAUCAAAUCUAUGCAAAACUCUCCUGCUGUUUACCAGAAUCAGAGACUCCGCACACGGAACGGGAUCAUGAAUAUGAGGGGGCAGAGAUCACUGACGUCUUGCUCCCAAUCCCCAAGCACGGCACUUAUCUCAGUCCCACCACCGACUGCACAUUACGACACCAGCCCUCUGGCCAACCCCCAGGGCAUGCUGGGACAUUCCACGCCUGUCUGUUACAGCUCUUUGCAGACGAGGCCCUCCCCACUGAGCGUCAGUCAACCUCAGAUUCAGGACUUAGGCCGGCUUGUGAUCAAUAUGAACAGAGAAUCACCUUUGCAUAUUGUUCUUCCUGACCGAAGAAUAAACUCUGGACCAUUGUCCCCAGGACGCAGGAAAUGUGACUCACCAAGGAGGCGUGGUGGAGGUCUUUGUGUUCAGUCUGGCACUGGACGGGCUGCUGCGCCCUCUUGUGGCCAAAUCCCUGACCAGCAGAAUGAGGCUCUCCAAGAAGGUGUUGCAGAAAACUUCCCUCAAAUGGUUAUUGAAAAUGCUCGUGAAAAGAUACUGAAUGACAAGUCUUUGCAAGAAAAGCUGGCUGAAAACAUCAAUAAAAUCUUGGGAAGCGACAUUAAUCCACAGUCCUCUAAACAAGUGGCAUGUAGCACUGUGGUGCCGGAUCAGUCCAUUGAUGAAAUACUGGGCCUUCAGGGAGAGAUCCACAUGUCUGAUGAUGCCAUCCGAGAUAUUUUGGAGCAGACUGAGUCUGAUCCUGCUUUCCAGGCCCUCUUUGACCUGUUUGAUUAUGGGAAAAACAAAGACUGUGAAGGAGAAAGUCAGUUUGAUACCAGCCUCAAGAAUACCAUGCAGGAAAGUGAUGAAGCUGACUCUUCCUCUCAAACUGGCGAUCCAGGUACAAGCCAAGAAGAACCAACAUCCGGGGCAGAAACAAGUUCUAGGAUCCUUAGGACCAGGAGCACACAAGACCACAAAAGCAAGAAAACUAGAAAAACAGCACACCCUGUCUCAAAUGUAUCAAAGAGUAGCCCUACACUGGAUAAAAGCGGAAGUUACCACACAAAAGCAGGAGCAGCUGAAACCACGGCUGUAGUGGGUAGUGACAGGAAGUCUGCCAAUGUUCAGUGUAAAGCACGGAGCAGCCUUAGCAAGGACUCUCUUUCCACAGCAGUACAAGACAUGCCCAGCUCUGUGCUUUCUGAGGAGGAUGUCCGCAUGGAAUUUGAUGAGGCAGCAGAGACUACAGUGUUGCCUGCUUGUCCAGUCCAGUCUUCGGAUCUACAAACAGAUGACCAAGAGGGCCCACAUACCUCUGUUGGGGAAAAUGCUAACCUCUCAGUAAGCACCAUUGCACCUGUUUUGGCAUCAACUGCUGCUUGUGCUCAGAAGCCACCAGGAGCUGAACAGAGCCCAAGAUUAGCCGGAGGGCAGGCUUUGGGAUUCCAAGUUGAAGUUCCUCAGUUUGACAGUACAGCUAAAACCCUUAGAGCUCAGCCACAUCUUUCUCCCAUUCCAUCUCAGCCUGUUUCUGAACAAAGGCCCCAUCAGCUCAAUAUUGCUGGGCCCAGACACUUCCCCACUCAUCCUGACAGUCAAGAAAUAAACUCUGUAGCUGUGCCCUUGGGGACAACUGCUACUGAAGCUCCAUCAAUGCAUGUCCAUUCCACAUCUGCACCCAACACACCACUCAAAGAACCUGACCCCAGCAAAAUAGUAUCUUUAAAGAUCAUAGUGAGUGACGAAGCAGACAACCAAUCCAGCGACUUGGCCUUGAGCCAGGCAGUGUCGAGCAUCACAGGGGAGAGACUCCCCACCAUUAUUCUCUCCUCCCCUGGCAAGUCCCCUGCCAAGGCUCCACCAGCGGGCACCUCCUCCAUCACACAAGAGGAGACAGUCCAGGCUGUCUGCUGCCUACAGGGGGCAGACCUCAACCCUCUCGCAGGAAAAAUCGGGGAGGCAGUGAUGGGAUUGCCAGGCCUUGCCAUUGAGGAGAACGCGCAGCUGUCUCUUGCUGGCGACGUGCCACAGGAAGCUGGGUAUAUCCAGCUUGUGCCUGGUGCCACCUCGUACGGAAGCUCAAACAACUACUACAUUGUGGCCGACCCAGCAGUUGUCAACCAGCCGUCGAAGCUAAUGGUUCUUCCUGGGUGCCCCCCGCUGGGGCAGGCGUCCCCUGCGUCACGUGUGCUGACAACCCCGCCCCGCCCGGUGAUCUCCGUGGCACAGGACGUCUCCCAGGCCUACUCAUCUGGCUCAACACUCUUCAUAUCGUCUCCAUCUCAGCCCAUGCUGCAAAGCAUGAUGGUCCCAGUAUCAGUUGUUGGUCAAAGCAAUGUUGGAAAGUUCACUGUUGUCCAAAAUCAGCUAUUGCACGUGACUACUCCAGCUGUGAAAACCCCAGGAAAGGUUAAAUCUAAGCCUAAACUGGCACCCAAGGAACGAGCAGUUUCAGGGAAAACUAAUCCGAUGGAUGUAUGCACAAAGACCCUGGACCCAAAUUCACAGGGCUUACUAAUCACUCCGAAGCCACAUACUGUAAAGCCGGCGGACUCAUCCCAACCCUUGGAGACUGCAGGACAGCAACAGCCUCCAGAGGAUGCUUCAGCAGGCCACACCCCAGCACCCUCUUCCAGCCCCCGCCCUCACCGCAGGGUGCUGUGCUUUGAUGUGUCAGCUGACAACCCUAACCCUGCUCAGGCAGAAAAGACACUUUUGCCCCCUAAGGGUCCGGCCUGCAGGCCUGCAGCCCCCAUUUCAGCCUCCUGUGGCCAGCCGUCUCAAAAAGAAACUCCCAGGGGCCAGUCACCCGGUACCUCCAAACUCAGGGCCAUACAGCCAGCCAUUCUGCGAGGCAGCAGGACUGUAGAUGGGAAAACGAGAGCUGAUGUGGCAAAAGAUGCAGAGAAGAAAAAGCCUUUAGAGGCCCCCAAGGAGAAAAGAGCUGUCCCAUCCAGUAGUGCCUCAGAGCAGGGGACAAAAACUGAAAGUACGAGCACCAAUAAAGAUGCUGCUCCACCAGAACCUGCCAAACGGAAGUCAGAAUGCAGGAGGAAAUCCCACCAAUCGGAGAAGAAGGAAGACGAGGGAUCCGGGUCCACCCAAAACAUCAAAUCUGCUGCCCCUGGUCAGAGAAUGACAUCAAAAUUCACAGGUUCCAAAACGCUACCUGAAGAGAGCAGCAAAGCAGAGAAGAGUGAAAGUGUGCACAAGUGCAAGGAGGCAUGGCCAGAGAGGAGGUGCUCCUCUCAGCCCCCUCUCCACAUCACAGCCAACAAGGAGAAUGAAGUGGAGCAGAGCAGAGGUGAGAAGCCCCCGCCGGGCACUGUGCCACAAGAGGAAUCGGGUUCUGCUGCCAUCAGUUUAGCACCCCCCGCUAUGCAGGGUGGUUCCUGCAGAGCUCCAAGCAUGACCAGCCCCCUCACCAAACAGGCAGCAGAAAUGCUGCAGGACAUACAAGGGCAAAACCCUACAGCUACUCCCACCAAGAAAUUGGCCUUAGGGUCUCCCAGGUUGCCUCUGCCCAGAACCCCCGGGUCCGGUUGUCACCCAGAGGAGCCAACCGACUCUUUGAGAACCCCAAUCCGUCAGAGGCCAGGUCGGGACGGUGAAGGCAUUCCUCGACACCUCCCGCCACCAGCCACCCCGGACAUCCCCACCUGCAGUCCUGCCAGCGAGACUGGGAGCGAGAGUAGCAUCAACAUGGCCGCCCACACAUUGAUGAUCCUGUCCCGCGCCGCCAUAGCGAGGACAGGCACGCCAUUGAAGGACAGCGUACGCCAGCAGGGGGUGGUAAGCCCUGCGACCUCCAAGAGCAAGAAACGAAAGCUGGCUGACCCAGUGGCAAGCCCCACCUCGAAGAAAGAGACGCAGCACUCCGGGUCAGCAGCAAGUAAGAAGGCCAAGAAACAGAAGAAGAUGCUGGAUUCUUUCCCUGAUAACCUGGAUGUGGACAAGUUCCUAUCAUCACUGCAUUAUGAUGAGUGAGGCAGGUUGGAAGGGAGGACACAAUUUAUUGUGAAUGAUCCCAGCCAAGGAUUACCAUAGCCCAGGCUGCAUACUGUGGUGGCCCAGAGAUGGACUUAUGACAUGAGCAUUCAAUCCAGAUUCAACUUGGAAUGUAUCACCGCACAGAAAUGCAUUUUUCUUUAUUCAUAAAGGAGAGGGUUUUAUUGUCUCAUGAAAUAAACCAUUUUUUUGGUUUGUAUUUUAUACUGUCAUUACACCUAUGGUUCUUGCAUUUC